AUGGCUGCUGAAGUUGCGCCCGUGACGCGAGUGCGCGCGCCGCCUGGACCAGCUCCCCAAACCGCCGAUCAGACGUACUGGAAAACCUUCAAGGAUCAGCUCUUGCUGCCGCUGCCUCACAAUGUUGCCGUUACCUCCAUCACCAUCCCCGACUUCAACCCCACCGGUCCUCAAGCCGAUACUUUUGCCGUCACAAGCGGUAGCAGAGUCCAAAUAUACAACACCAAGACUCGCAAACUGGUCAAGACGAUUGCUCGAUUUGGACUGGACGACACGGCACACUCGGGCACACUGAGGCGAGAUGGCCGAAUCUUGCUUGCCGGAGGCGACAGUGGGAUUGUGCAAGCUUUCGACACGGGCUCAAGAGCAAUUUUAAAGCAAUGGAGAGGCGAAAGCGCGCAUAAACAGCCCGUGCGAGUCGUUCGGUGGAGCCCCAGUGUGCUCACGGAUCUCAUGAGUUGUAGCGACGACCGCACUGUACGAGUUUGGGAUCUCACAGCGGAUGCGGCCAAGUGGACGGGUAUCGGACAUGAGGAUUACGUGCGAAGUGGUGGAUAUCUUCCCGGCCAGGGCGGAAACAUGGUGUUUAGUGGAAGCUACGACCAGACGGUUCGCCUAUGGGAUACUCGACAGCAGAACAACAGAGCUGCGUUGACAUUCAAAUUCUCCGCUCCGAUCGAGGACAUCUUGACCCUCAACAGUUCAAGCUUGGCAGCUGCAGCCGGGAAUGAAGUGUCGAUCCUCAAUCUGAUCGCUGGAAAGCCAGAGCAUGUCAUUCGCUCGCACCAAAAGACGGUCACUGCUCUGGCAAGUGCCCAGCAUGGAACGAGGAUUCUUACCGGCGGUCUGGACGCCCAUGUCAAGGUGCACAACACAGCCAGUUGGGAGGUCGUAGCCGGCUUCAAAUACACUUCCCCCAUCCUCAGUCUCGCGGUUGUACCAUCACCGGCUGGCAACGAGGCUGACAAGGACGAUCGCCAUUUAGCAGUUGGUCUACAAAGUGGUCUGCUCUCCAUUCGAACCCGCCUGGCAGGUGCCGAAAAAGUCAAAGCUCGCGAAAGAGAAAAGAAGAUGCAGGCCUUGGUUGCAGGCGAGGCCGAUGAGUACGAGAGGAAGCAGAAGAAGAAGGAUAUGCGGCAAGGGAUAAAGGCCAAAGAUAGAGGAAAAGACUUCCGUGGAGAAGGAGCUGAUAUUGUCAUCACCGGCAAUGAACGUCAAAGACACACAAGACUGCGACCUUGGCAGAGCCGACUCAGAAAGGGCGAGUAUGGUGAAGCCCUUGAUGAAGUGCUCCCACCGGAGAAUUGGUUCCAAUUCAGCAGAGAUGACUUUCUCACGCUACUGACCGCGCUGCGCCAUCGAAGCGCAUUACGCACGGCUUUGGCAGGACGUACAGAGUACCGGCUUCUGCCCACGCUAAAUGUGGUGAACAAGUACAUUACACAUCCGCAGCACAUUGCGAUACUAUUCGAUGUCGUAUCGGUCCUACUUGAACUCUACAGCCAUCGAAUGAGUGACUGGCAAAACGACGACGGGGAUGGAAAGGACGUUGCUCGACUAUUUGCGAGCAUUCACCACCGUGUCUCGAGAGCUUCUGAAUGGGCUGAUCAGGCGCACCGCACACUUGGAGCGCUUGAACUUCUCGAAUCUGGUUGA